AUGAAUCCCGAGUGUUGUCCACAGCCUCCAUACGAUUAUCUCUUCAAACUUCUUCUUAUUGGAGACUCUGGUGUUGGAAAGUCAUGCUUGUUGCUUAGAUUCGCCGAUGAUACCUAUACAGAAAGCUACAUUUCCACCAUCGGUGUCGACUUCAAAAUCAGAACCAUCGAACUUGAUGGGAAGACUGUGAAGCUCCAGAUUUGGGACACGGCAGGCCAGGAACGAUUCCGAACCAUCACAUCGUCUUACUAUCGUGGCGCACAUGGAAUCUGCGUCGUAUACGAUGUGACCGACAUGGAUUCCUUCAACAACGUCAAGCAGUGGCUUCAGGAAAUAGACCGCUAUGCCACGGAGGGAGUCAACAAGCUGCUUGUGGGUAACAAGAGUGAUAUGGAAGACAAGAAAGUCGUGGAAUACACUGUAGCGAAGGAAUUCGCCGACAGUCUUGGAAUCCCCUUCCUUGAAACCUCGGCUAAGAACGCUUCGAACGUUGAGCAAGCUUUCUUGACCAUGGCUAGGCAGAUCAAGGAGCGUAUGGGAACUGCCACUGUCAAUAACAAGCCAACUGUACAGGUCGGUCAGGGGCAGGGUGUCCAAUCCGGAUCUGCCGGUGGGUGCUGCUAA